AUGAAGCUCAACCCCAAGAAAUGCGCUUUUGGAGUCGGCUCGGGAAAGUUUUUGGGUUUCAUGGUAUCAAACAGAGGUAUCGAGAUCAACCCCGAUAAAAUCAAAGCCAUCGAGGAAAUCAUCGUAGUGAAUAAUGGGAAAGUCGUACAACGGCUAACCGGACGGAUAGCUGCCUUAUGUCGAUUUAUCUCAAGGUCAUCAGAUCGGAGCCAUCAUUUCUUUUCCCUACUGAAUAAGAAGAACAACUUCGCAUGGACUCCAGAGUGCCAAAAAGCUUUGGAAGAGUUAAAAUGGCAAUCUAUCAAAACUCCUAAAUUGACUAACAGUGAGGCCGAGUAUGAGGCUAUGAUUGCAGGUCUCAAACUAGCCAAGGGCCUUGGGACAGAGGUCAUCGAGGCAAAAUGUGAUUCUCCUUUAGUUAGUUACUUGGACAAACUUCAAAUGACAUUGCACCGCAUCAAGGAGUGGACGCUGGAUCAUGUACCUCAAGAGCAGAAUAGCGAGGUCGAUACCCUUGCAAACUUAGGAUCAUCGGUCGAAGAAGAUGAUAUUAUCUCGGGGACUGUCGUCCAACUAUCGAAGUCUGUGGUCGAAGAAGGCCAUGUAGAGAUUAAUUCAACAAGUUUAACGUGGGAUUGGGGGAACAAGUACAUCAACUACCUGAAGUACGGGAAGCUCCCCGCACACCUAAAGGAGUCGAGAAUACUUCGAACCAAAGCAAAUCGAUUCACACUCGAUGAAAAUCGAAUGUUGUAUAGAAGAACCUUCAAUGGACCACUGGUAGUGUGCUUGGGACCUGGGGAUACUGAUUACGUACUGCGAGAAAUCCACGAGGAUACUUGUGGGAACCAUUCUGGUGCAGACUCUCUGAUUCGCAAGGAGAUAUCGAGGCAUCUUUCAGCUCGAAGACCUUGGGUUUGA